UUAGUGGUUGUUAUUUAAUUUUUUAUUUUAUUUUUAUAUGUCUCUUUUUUUUUGUUUUUAUCUCUUUCAUGUGGGACACAGACUAUGAAUAUAUUUUUUUGUUGGUCAUUGAGUAAUUUCUUCGUUGUUGUUUGGUCAUUUGCAGUGUUUCGUGUCAUUCAAGGGAGGGGAAUAUAAUUAGGCUGUGAUGAUGGGGUUAAUUCAGAAGUGUAAUUAGGGCCCUAUCGAUAUGGCGGGGUAAUCGUUACUCGAAUAGGCCAAGUUGCAGUUUGUGGUACUCUCCAUAAACUGCAAUCGGGGUUCGGGUGAGGUUUUGCAGCCAUUCGAUGUUGGACUCCUUGAUUACGCAUGUUGUCCAUAUUUACACCAUUCUGAGCCACAUUUAUUGUCUUAUUCAAUAUGGGGAACCGGAUGAGAAUGCUCUUAUUUUGUGUUUUGUGAUUUGCAUGCUGUUUGUUGUUGUUUGUAUUCUGUUGCGAUAGAUGUGUAAUGUGUAAAUUAAACCCCCUCGGCUGUGAUGAUGACAACCGCAUGUUAGGAUUAGGGAGAUUUAUGGCCAUCUCCUCAAUGGUUAGGUAACCCGGACGGCCAAUAAGUCCUGGCAACCGGUCGUUGCAGCCAUGAGUGGGUGGCCAAAUUUCCAUAAUGUCACCAUUCGGUUCCUGAGCCCCGACUGAAACCCAAACUUCAAAGUGAGAUGAAUUUGAUCCACCUUUUCAUUAUUUUUUUAGAGAUGGAUUCUCAAGACUCUGGAUAUAUGUACUUCACCAACCUUCUUAGCCAAGAUCCUCAACUCGAUCCCACUUACGAUGGGCAAAGUGGGAACUCUCCUAUGACCAUCGAUGCCUCUCCACCCUUACCCCCUAACGAGCCUAACGGCGUUAGAAAAUCAGUGAGGGGUGCAAACUUCACCCCCGAAGAAGACAAGUUACUUGUCUCCGCAUGGCUAAAUUAUAGCCUUGAUGCCGUUCAGGGAACAGAUCAGAAACACUCCCAACUUUAGAAAAAAAUCUUUGAGUACUUUCAGCAAUAUAAAGAAAUCACAAAUGAGCGGACAAUAAAGUCUUUAAUACAUCGGUGGUCAGUUAUCCAAAAGGCCACAAAUAAAUUUUGUGCGAAACUAGCUCAAAUUGAAGGGUUAAAUCAAAGUGACAUGACCGACCAAGACAAGUUUGACAAGGCGAAGAUUAUGUACCAAUCGUUAGAAAAAUGCACCUUUCAGUUCGAGCAUUGUUGGCACCUAUUGAAGGACCAACCUAAGUGGAUUUGGCGCGCCACAAAGGAGGAUCCAAAACGAAGGAAGACGAUGUCCCCAUCCCCGACCCCGACCCCGACUCGAUGUUCCGCGACUACGGAGGAUUCAGUUUUUGAUCUGGAGACAGAGAAUGUGAUAGAGAAUGAGGUUAUCGAAUUGGACCGGCCAAUGGGAAGGAAAGCUGAAAAAGGAAAACUAAAGGCUCAAGGCAGGCAAGCAGAGGAAAAUUUCCAACUCAGAAAGAUGAAGUAUACUAUGUUAGAGGAGUCACGCGCUCAGGAGAAAGAGUUUUAUCACCUGAAGGCCGGGAAGAUGGAGUAUGAUAAGGAGAAAGAGGAAAAAAAAUUACGUCUUGAAGAUGAAAGACUGAGGUUGGAGGCAGAGAAGAUUAAAAUUGAAGCUGCAAAAGAGCAAAGUAAAAUCCGUCAAGAGGACGAAAGGCUGAGGUUGGAGGCUGAGAAAGUGGAGCUUGCGAAGAAGGAAUCAGAUCAGCGCAUUAUGAUGAUGGAUGUGAGUGUCAUGCCAGAAAUGCAGCGGCUAUAUUUCGAGCAACACAAGAGGAAAAUCAUCAUGAGACGUAGUCAUGCCCAAGGACCGGAUUGAUUUUAUAUUUAUGUAUUUGAUAUUUAUUUAGUUUCGGACAAUGAUAUAUGUGUAAAAGAGUAAAAUU